UCUAUCUUAUCAGCUGUAUUAUACAUGAGCUAGCACGGGAGUAAAUUAAAAGUACACUUUCUUGCAGAUUUCUUUCAGUAUUAACUUUCAUAAACAAUAUUAGCCGGCCGGACAAGGACGAAUUAUUGCCAGGUAAACAACUACUGGUAUAACAUGGCAUCUGGAGAGGGACCCCUUCAUAUUGUAACACCAACUAUAUAUAGUAUGCCUUUAAGUAAACUAACUGGCUAUGAUGUAUACCUGAAACUAGAAAAUCUCCAGAUACCAGGAUCAUUCAAAAUCAGAGGCAUUGGAAACCUAAUUAAAAAGGCAUCACAGCAUGGUUGUAAGAAGAUAGUUUGUGCAUCAGGCGCAAAUGUUGUCUUUUCAGCAGCAUAUGCAGCUAAAACACUUGGUAUUCCUGCAACAAUUGUGCUGCCCCAGAGUACCCCAGGAUUUGUAAUAGAUAAACUCAGAAAUGAGUAUGGAGCAGAGGUGUUGCUUCAUGGCAAAGUAUGGGAUGACAGUAAUAACUUUGCAGCCGAGAUGGCGAAAGAUUCAGAUUGUUUGUUUGUACAUCCAUAUGACCAUCCAGAUAUAUGGGAAGGACAUUCAAGCAUGAUUGAGGAAGCUGCCCAGCAGAUGCCAUGUAAACCAGAUGUUAUUAUUGCAUCUGUCGGAGGGGGAGGACUACUCAACGGUGUUAUGGUGGGCAUGAAAAAAGUUGGCUGGAGUGAUGUCACCUGUAUUGCUAUGGAAACUAUCGGAGCAGAUUGUCUGAAUGUAUCACUUAAAGCUGGCAAAAUUGUUACAUUACCAGAUAUAACUAGGUGAGAUAUUUAUUAUGUAAAGAUGUUAAAGGUAUAUGUAAAGAUGUAUAACAAUAGUUGACGAGGAACCAAAA